AUGCCAGCCAAUCUUGCUUUCAGUUUUUGGCUCGAGCACGAAGAAUGGCAGCAGAGAUGCCACGAUAAUUCGUCAGUGUGGACGUUGACGUGGUGGAUGUCAGUGCCAUUGGGACCUGGAAUGGACCGUAUCAUGAACAUGGUGUCUUUGCACCAGCAAGCACUUCAUCAACUUGUGGAUUCGCAGCACGAGACUCUCCGUGAAGCCUUGAGACAUGCGGAUGUGGGCGAUGAAGUAGUUCAGGCCGAACCUGCACAUCAGAUGCUCGUGUUGGAAGGUGCGUUCCAAUGCCUGGAGCACCGUGCUCGUCCCUUGCAGCCGCUGUUGCCGCCAGAUAUUGACCCUGCCCCGCAUACACUUCAGUGGACCAGCCAGUCAGAAACUGUCAGCAUCCCCAGCCCUCGUGCGAGCGACGAUGUCAUGGAUCACGCAGUGUCGGCAAAGAUCCAGGAAAUCGACUCUCAACUCGAGUCGGAGAUUCAGAACGGCGGUGCAGAUCCCGACAGCAUGACCGCUCGUAACUUGCGUGGUUGA